UUCCUCGUUGUCCGACGCAGACUCUUUAUUCUACCAUUAGUUUCCUUAUAUAAUUUAUCUUCUAUCUGUUAAUAAGAAACGUGCGAGAACCGCUGCUGUGAUUGUUUUGUUCUAACAGACUGAUUGAUAAAAUGCAGCCGAUAUGGCUGUCCGUGGCGUGCUGCGUUUCCGUUUUAGUGGUUCACGGUUAUGCAGCCGCAGUGCCGACUCAAGAUACGUUUGUUGUCGCUAAAGCUGAAGGCGAAAACACAGAAAAAUCGGAAAAAAAUACUGCAGAGGAGCCAAAUGUACCAAUCAAGCUGACGAAAAUGCAGGUGAACUCCGAGGUGUCGUUGCGUUACGCGCACACCACCGUUGUCACCCAUGUGCGGAACCCUUCGAGCCGCUCUCAAGAAGCUACGUUUCAUAUACUAUUGCCGGAAACCGCAUUUAUAAGUGGUUUUGUUAUGACAUUAGAUGGGAAAUCGUAUAAAGCUUAUGUAAAAGAGAAAGAAGAAGCUAAGAAUUUGUAUAGUGACGCUGUAUCCAAAGGAACUGCUGCUGCUCACAUAUCAGCCAAGGCCCGCGAUUCAAACCACUUCACAGUGUCGGUGAACGUGGAACCCAACACCGAGGCGGAGUUCAACCUGACCUACGAAGAGUUGCUGGUGCGGCGCAACGGAGUGUACAACCACGCCAUUAACCUACACCCUGGCGCGCUCGUGCCCAAGAUGGAGGUGACUGUGCACAUCAAGGAAUCGCAAAAGAUCUCAUUGCUGAGGGUGCCAGAAAUUCGGACUGGAAAUGAAAUUGACGCUACGGAAAAUGACGCUCACAAUGCAAAGGCUGUUAUAAACAAGAGCAACGAUGACAAGGAGGCGACCAUAACCUUCUCUCCAGAUCUUGAUGAACAAAAACGACUAAUGGAGAUUUAUUCGGAUAAGAUCAAAGAAUCAACGACAUCUACACAUAACUCGGACGUUGAACAAAGUGAUAACGAAAAAACAACUGGAGUCCUUGGACAGUUCGUCGUACAAUAUGAUGUUAUUCGACCUGAAAAGGGAGAGAUUUUGGUGAACGAUGGUUACUUCGUACAUUUCUUCGCACCAGAAGAGUUAAAACCGCUGAGCAAGCUCGUCGUGUUCGUGUUGGACACAUCGAGCUCCAUGUACGGUCGUAAGAUAGAACAGCUGCAAACGGCCAUGAAAGCAAUUCUCGCUGACCUCCGUUCUAGUGACUACUUCAGCAUCGUUGAAUUUAACAGCGACGUCCAGGUGCAUAAGCUUUCGGAGACACAUGAGGAGGUGACAGCUCCGAACAACGACAAAAGCGGGUCUGAUUUUGAGAUUGGUCUGCCUGGCUACAUCGCUCGUUCUGAAUCUGCUUCCACGAUCACGUUACCCGUGGUCGCCUCACCCACCAAUAUCGCAAAAGCUCAAGACAUCGUGUCGAGGUUCUCUGCUCGCGGAGGAACCAACAUCUACGAAGCACUAAAUAUUGCUAUUGAUGUCAUCAAAAAAGCUUAUGAAACUAAUAAAACAGAGUCCAGCGCUGCCUUUGACAAUACUGAGGCAGAAAGAAUUAAAGCAUUGCAGCCGAUUAUUAUCUUCCUGACUGACGGUGAUGCGACGGUGGGAGAGACCAACCCGAAGCGCAUUCUCUCUUCCAUUACUGAGAAAAACACCGGCGAGAGGAAGGCUGCGGUGUACUCUCUCGCUUUCGGCCAUGACGCAGACCGCGACCUACUUCGUAAGCUGUCGCUUCGCAACGAAGGCUUCAUGCGCCAGAUCUACGAAGCGUCUGACGCGGCGCUGCAGCUGCGACACUUCUAUCGGCAAAUCUCAUCACCGCUGCUAGCGGACGUCGACUUUAUUUACCCGCCCAACCAGGUAAAGGCAGAAUCAUUGACGCGGAAUGAGUUUGACACGUUGUUCGCGGGUGCAGAGACAGUGGUGGCUGGCAAGCUGGAGCCAAAUGUGCGGGAACUAGCGUCGCAUGUGAUUGGCCUCUGCGCAGAUGAUGACAACCAUUAUGGAAGGAAAAGUUACAAGGUAAAGAAUGAGGUGAAGGUGAGCGAGACGAAGGAAUACCUUCCCUUGGAGAGGCUGUGGGCGUACCUCAGCAUCAAGCAGCUGUUGGACGAUGUAGACGCUUUCGACCACGAUGAUAAGGAUGAGAAGAGGUCCGAGAAAUAUGCCCUGUCCUUAGCUCUCAAGUACGAAUUUGUGACACCUUUGACGUCACUAGUGGUUGUUAAACCAAACGCUACCAUUCCCGUGGAUACAGUGUCUGCCGACAAACCCGAUACUGAAAAACCAUCAAACACUUUUUAUGCAAUUCCGCUAAGCCCAUCCCCAGUUCAUUCCAGUAUUGGUUUCGGACAAACAAUACCGUACGCCGAAGUCUCACUUAUCGGCGGUGCCGGAAACAUUGCACCUGAGGAUAGCUUUUUGGACACAGACAAUUUGUGGGGUCAUAAAAUAAACCAUUUUAUCCCUAGUACAACUGCUCCGUUAUUUACCACCGCCGUUCCAGAUUCUACUACUUCCGAAUCUCUGGAGGAGACUUGUCACUUAGAAAACUACAGCUGGGCGUUAAACAUUCUCAAUAAAAAGACAAACUCGCUUGAGUUUUUGGCAAAUGGAAAAAACGUUACACUUGAACUUUCGAAGUCCGAUACGAUCCCUAAGGCGAGCGAAGGCGACAGCGAGUGCGCGCACAGCGCGGGCGUGGGAACCCCCGGGGAGGCCGGCGUGUGUGUGUAUCUCACGCGCUGCGCCGCCGCCAGAGACAUCAGCGUCGACGAGUUCCGCAACAAGUACUGCGUCGUCGAGAACAAAUAUGCUGGCGUUUGCUGUCCCAAAAAUAAAGUAGAUACAGAAAAACCUUUACUUUAAAUUAAUUACUUUAAUAAAAUGUUAUUGAUAAAAAAUAAUGCCCUUUGUGAUUUACAAUUUCAAUGAAAUUAUGCUAUUUGAUGAAAAAAAAUAUGAAAGUGAAUGAUGAAAUAAAGAAAUAUUAGAUUCAAA